AUGCAGGGUCUUGAGGCAUCGGGCCCCGGUGCACUCGCAGGCCUUCCAUCUACGCUGAGAACAGUGAUAGCCACUACGACGACGUCACCGCUCGGGCAGGUCUCAACAGCGAUUCCAUCCGUUGAAACUCCAUCCUCCCUAUCACCACAGCAAAUUGAAGCCAAUUUACAAUAUGUACUCAAAUCUCUCUCGGCUGGAUAUGCCAGUGAGAGGGUCGGUGUUGCCGGUGGCAAUUCGACCGGCUCAACCGGCUCGACCACCAAAGGCGUCCUGAUCGGUCUCUUCUCAGCGUUUGGAUCGGCUGCCAUCGCAUUGACGAUCCUAGCGAUCUUCUUUUUCUUUAAAUAUACCAAUCGCGGACGAAUUAUGCUCGAUCGCAUGGGCCGACCCGGCGAGUACGAUGACGAACAGGCGUUUGCGCGGGAAGAGGAAGUGGCCCUGGAGGCCAUGGAUGACUUAUCACGGUCGGAAUAUCUUCGAGCCAAAGCCUUCGUUCAAGCCAAUCCAGCCGAAUCGAUGCAAACCGACAUAUCCCUAUCACAGUUCCUAGCCAUUCAAGAAAAGGGCGUUUCGGCAUGGGAAUUCCAGCCCGAACUGGAGAUUGCAAACUGUUUUGUGGAAGGUCGCACAGAGAUUGAGUUCUUUGACUCCGAAUGCAGCGUGCAGACCAAUUUGCCCAUUCCCAAGCAGAACGAUGUUUACUACUGGGAAGCCAAGAUUUACGAUAAGCCAGAAUCGACCAUGAUUGGUAUCGGCCUCACGACUAAGCCUUAUCCUCUAUUUCGAAUGCCUGGCUUCCAUAAGACAUCCGUUGCUUAUCAAUCAACAGGCCAUCGCAGACAUAAUCAACCGUUUACCCCAUCUCCAUACGGGCCUCCUCUUCUACAAGGCGACGUUAUCGGUGUUGGAUACCGCCCUAGGUCGGGCACGAUCUUCUUCACACGAAACGGCAAGAAAUUAGAGGAUGUGGCUCAUAACUAUCGCAGCCAGAAUCUAUUUCCGACAAUUGGGGCGAACGGCCCCUGCAGCGUGCAUGUCAACUUUGGACAAAUGGGAUUUGUUUUCAUUGAAGCCAAUGUUAAGAAAUGGGGCUUAGCCCCCAUGACCGGGAGCCUCGCCCCGCCCCCACCAUAUGGAAGCGAGCAUGGCAGCAUUUUGCUUGAGUCGGGCCGUGAAAGUGCUGCCCAGAUUUCCCAGCGUGUCUAUCAAACUCAUACCGCAAGAAGCUCCAGCGUUGGUCUUCCCCAGGCGGUCAGUCCUGGCCCAAUUCGCUCUCCGACUGACAUCUCCCUUGCUCAGCUGGCCCAUAUCCCUUCCAACGAGGAUGUUGGUGAGGGAUCCAGUCGGUUUGCCGAUGGCGACGAUGGUUCUACUCUAGUACCUCCAUUACCUGGGGCUCCCGAUGAGGAUGAUGUACCUCCUCCAGACUAUUCAAGCCCUGGAAGCAGUCGUCGAGGUAGUGAUGCCUCGCUAGAAUUCCCUCCUCGAGAGUCUGAUGAAUUUCACUCUCCCCCAGAAAAUAACGAAGAUUACCGGUCUCAACCACUGCCCAGUUAUCAGGCGGUGAUAGAUCGGGAAUCUCGUGAUCAUAAUGACAAUCAUUCAUGA